AUGCCCAAAUCCGAUAAUUCUGGAACUGUACGCUUCGCUCAGGACGUCCAGUACUUCAAUCUUGAGACAUUGACCCGGGAUCUGGAACAAGCAUACGGCGCUGGAAAGGUUACAUGGACGCAGAAUGGGUCAGAUAUUGAGAUCACGGUGGAAACUGAUGAUCUUGUCAGCUUGGAGGAACAUAUGAAGGAACUGGAUGUUGAGUUUUCAUCGGAGAAGAAACACACAAGCGAAGAAAAGUCUAAAUAG